CAAGAAGGUUCUCUGUGUGCCCAGCACUGUUUGAAUAACUUACUGCAAGGAGAGUAUUUCAGUCCUGUGGAACUGUCUUCUAUUGCACAGCAGUUAGAUGAAGAAGAGAGAAUAAGAAUGGCAGAGGGUGGAGUUUCUAGCGAAGAAUAUAGAAUAUUUUUACAGAAUAGCAUCCUCAAGAUAUAUUAGAAUUACUGUCAAUUUCUCAGUGAAGUUCCUGUUUAAUAUUUUU